AGGUAAUCCAAACACAUGUCUUGUAUCUUCAUCCUCAAAAUGGGCUAUCGAUGCAGGAGCAACAGAUCAUAUGACAGGAUCUGUUGACGAAUCGGGUUAUUGGUAAAGGAUAUGAGUCGGCUGGGCUCUAUCUCUUGGAUACAUCCUUACCCAAAUCAAUCUCUUGCCUUGGGGUUGGAACUGUGUUAGAGGCUCACUAUCGACUGGGUCAUCCAUCUCUUCCAUUGUUAAAGAAACUUCAUCCUCAAUUCAAUAAGGUGUAAUCUUUACAGUGUGAUUCAUGUCAAUUUGCAAAACAUCAUCGAACUAGUCUAAGUCCUCGAGUCAAUAAACGAGCACAUGCUCCUUUUGAACUUGUUCAUUCUGAUGUUUGGGGCGCUUGCCCUGUUGUGUCCAAAACUGGUUUUAAAUAUUUUGUUACCUUUGUUGAUGAUUAUUCUCGUAUGACUUGGAUUUAUUUCAUGAAACGUCGUUCCGAGUUAUUUUCUCAUUUUUGUGCUUUUUGUGGUGAAAUCAAAACUCAAUAAUAUUUUAAGGGGAGACCAUGCUCAAGAAUAUUUGUCUGCCUCAUUUAAGUUGUAUAUGGCUCAACAUGGCAUAAUUCAUCAAACUUCAUGAGUAGACACACCUCCCCAAAAUGGAGUUGUUGAACGAAAGAACAGACAUCUAUUAGAAACUGUACGGGCUCUUCUAUUUCAAAUGAAUGUACGAAAACAUUUUUGGACAUAUGUUGUGUCUACCGCAUGUUUUUUGAUCAAUCGAAUGCCAUCUACUGUUUUAGAUGGUAAAACUCCAUAUCAAUGCCUAUUUUCAAAUAAUGAAAAUUUUCAUAUCCCUCCUAAAGUUUUUGGUUGCACUUGUUUUGUACGAGAUGUUAAUCUCCAUUUAACAAAGAUAGAUCCCAAGUCAUUAAAGUGCAUUUUCUUAGGCUACUCUUGAGUUCAAAAGGGGUACAGAUGUUUUUCUCCAAGUACAGGUCUGUAUCUUGUUUCAAUUGAUGUCUCCUUUUAUGAAAAUACACCAUUUUCAUCAACAGACACAAAUAUCUGUAGGGAGAAUGAUGAUAUACUCAUUUACACAGUCACUAUACCCAAGUCCAAUACUUCAGCAGUUCUUCCACAUGUUACUUUUCUUGAGCUUAGGCCUCCGAUACAGUUGGUAUACACCCGUCGACACAAAGUGCAAGAUCACCCUCCACCUGUGGUACUUCUCGUGAUACUGAUCUGAUCUCAUAUCUUGAACCGACACCUGCACUACGUAAAGGUACACGGUCUUGUACUCAUCCCAUUUCUUCACAAAAUGCACAAAGUGCAUCUUCAGAUCCUAUCUCUACAUCAGAUCUUGAUCUCCCCAUUGCACUACGUAAAGGUACACGGUCUUGUACUCAUCCUAUUUCUUCAUUUGUGUCGUACAAUCGGUUAUCAUCUGCCUCAUGUUCUUUUAUUGCUUCCAUUGAUUCUAUUUCUGUUCCCAAAUCUGUUAAAGACGUUCUGUCUCAUCCUGAUUGGCGUCAUGCCAUGGUAGAGGAAAUGAAUGCUUUGGAUCUUAAUGGUACUUGGGAUUUGGUAGACUUGCCUACAGGGAAGAAAUCUAUAGGAUGUAAGUGGGUCUUUGUUGUAAAGGUUAACCCUGACGGAUCCGUUGCUCGAUUGAAAGCCCGAUUAGUUGCGAAGGGUUAUGCUCAAACCUAUGGUGUUGAUUAUUCUGACACAUUUUCUCUCGUUGCUAAAUUAACAUCUGUCAGGUUACUUAUUUCUCUCGUAGCAACUCAUAUUUGGCACUUACAUCAGUUGGACAUUAAGAAUGCAUUUUUGCACGGUGAUCUUCAGGAGGAAGUUUAUAUUGAGCAACCUCCGGGGUUUGUUGCUCAGGGGCAGUAUGGGAAAGUUUGUCGACUUCGCAAGUCUCUUUAUGGUUUGAAACAGAGUUCCCAUGCAUGGUUCGGGAAAUUCAGCCAAUCAAUUGAACGAUUUGGGAUGAUAAAAGGCAAAUCAGAUCACUCUGUAUUUUACAGACGAACGAAAGCAGGUAUUACAUUGCUUGUGGUGUAUGUCAACUGAAGUUUUCUGAGUAUUAUUUCCUUGAAUUCAUUUACAAGAAGUACAUAAGCUAUUUAUACAGAUAGGAAUCCUGAGAGAGUCUAUUCAGCACCCUAGGUGACUGUCUAAAUACUAAACAUAAAUGAUUGAGAACUGAAAAGACAGCAGCUAUUAAAUACAACCUGAAGCACUAAAGAUACAUAAUUACAGUAAUAAUAAGGAAAAUAAAUCAUAGAUUAAUGAUGUCUCUUCGUUUUAUCAACACUCCCCCUCAAGCUAGGUUUGUAGAUAUCCGUCAUGCCUAGCUUGACAAUAAGACCCUGGAACCUAGGACUGUGCAGAGGUUUGGUAAACACAUCUGCAACUUGAUCUUCUGAGGGAGUGUAGCUUAGUUCGAUCAGACCUCCUUCAACCUUUUCUUUGAUAAAGUGCCUAUCAAUCUCAAUAUGCUUGGUCCGAUCAUGUUGGACUGGAUUAUGAGCUAUGUUGAUUGCUGAUUUGUUAUCACACCUCAAUUCCAUUGGUCCUUUCCACUUGAUUCGUAAAUCUAAGAGAAUAAUUCUGAUCCAUAGAAGUUCACAUAAGCCAUGGGCAAGAGCUCUUAGCUCAGAUUCAGCAGAUGAUCGUGCCACAACAUUCUGUUUUUUGCUUCUCCAUGUCACGAGGUUUCCUGCUAGGAAAACACAGAGACCAGUAGUUGACCGGCGGUCAACGAGGGAGCCACCAUAAUCUGCAUCAGUGAAGGCUUGGACUGAUAAUUGCCCACCCUUCCUGAAUAUUAUCCCUUGCCCUGGACUUCCUUUUAGGUAGUGAAGAACCCUAUAGGCUGCUUCUAGAUGUGGUUUCCUUGGAUCAUGCAUGAACUGACUCAAAACACUAACUGCAUAGGCAAUGUCAGGUCUAGUAUGAGAGAGAUAGAUAAGUUUGCCACACAAGCGCUGAUACAUUGAUGAAUCAACCUUGGGUUCAUCAGUAGCAAGUCCAAGCUUGUGAUUAGGAUCCAUAGGUGCAUUAACCGGUCGACAAGCACUCUUACCGGUCUCAUUUAACAAAUCUGUAAUGUACUUUUGUUGGCUGAUAAAGAUGCCUUCAGAUGAGUGAGCAACUUCAAUUCCAAGAAAGUAUUUUAGAGGGCCAAGAGACUUCAUCUCGAAUUUGGAUUUCAGCUGCCCCUCAAGACGUUGUUUCUCAACUGGAUCAUUACCCGUCACAAUGAUGUCAUCCACAUAUACCAAAAGAAUAGUGACUCCAUUUGGGCGAGAGUGUUUGUAAAAAAGAG